AUCACACUCCAAACUGUCUCUUUCUUCAAUCUUUUCUUAAAUUAUUCAACUUUUCUCAAAAGGGCUCAACACUCCACUUCCUUGAUAAGUUUACCAUCUUCUCAAAUAAGUUAUUUGCCCUUCUGUUUCCUAUAUUACAGUCACUCACACUCUCAUACACAACACAUUGCCUCUGUUUUCUCACUCUUAAACUCACUGUUCAUUCGAUUCAAAGUGUUUGAAUCCCUUUGCCUUGGUGGGUUCAGUUUCUUUUUGGGUGUUUAAUAGCUGAUCAGUCUGUAUUCUGCUGUUAAAUUAGUGUUCUGUUCAUUUUUUAGAGGUGGGGUUUGCCUGAACUGAAGUAUUAGUUACCAUGGAGCCUGUUUGCAUGGAUAUUGAUUCCACCCAGCAACUUGAUUCUGAUCCUCUCCCUUUUGCAAGAAGUUAUCAACUGGAGGCAUUAGAGAAGGCAAUUCAGCAGAACACCAUAGUGUUCUUGGAGACUGGUUCUGGCAAGACUCUCAUUGCAAUCAUGCUUCUUCGGAGUUAUGCGCAUUUUCUUCGCAAGCCUUCUCCGUUUAUUGCUGUCUUUUUAGUUCCUCAAGUUGUUUUAGUCAAGCAACAAGCUGAGGCUCUGCAGACUCACACGGACUUGAAUGUGGGAAUGUACUGGGGAGAGAUGGGCAUUGACUUCUGGGGUGCUGAGACUUGGAACCAACAGAUCGAACAGCACGAGGUGUUUGUAAUGACACCUCAGAUUUUGCUAGAUGGCUUGAGGCAUAGCUUUUUCAAGCUAGAACUUAUAAAGGUUUUGAUAUUUGAUGAAUGUCAUCAUGCAAGGGGUAAACACCCCUAUGCUUGUAUUUUGACAGAGUUCUACCACCGGCAAUUAAGCAAUGGAAAUAGUGCUCUUCCAAAAAUAUUUGGAAUGACUGCUUCUCCUAUUAAGACUAAAGGUGCUAAAUUAGAAUUAGCUUGCUGGAAAGAUGUUCGUGAGCUUGAGAAUAUGAUGUAUUCAAAGGUGUAUACAUGUGCUAGUGAAUCCGUACUGGCCGAGUUCAUACCAUUUUCAAAUGUAAAAUUUAGAUUUUACAAGCAUAUGGACAUACCAUAUGCUAUUUAUGCAACUUUGGCUGAAAAUUUGAAGAUGUUGAAAUCGAAGUAUGAAACCCACUUGAAGCAAUUGGAUCUCACUGAUUCUGUGAUGGAUUCUACAAGCAAAAGAAUAUUGAAAAUGCAUUCUAACUUUAUGUAUUGUUUGGACGAACUCGGUGUAUGGUUGGCGCAUAAGGCUGCGCAGGUCUUAUCAUGCCAUGAAAGUAACUUUUUUUCAUGGAAUAAAUUGGACAUCUCUGGUGAGACUAUUGUCAAGGAUUUCAGUUUGGAAGCCUCACGAGCAUUUGAUAAUUGCAUCAGAAGUGCCGUGGAACAUCUAGGUCCAAAUUGGUUUAUUGGUGAUAAUGCUAAAGCUGCUAUCGAUGCGGGGCUUUUGACUACCAAAACAUUCUGCCUAAUCGAGUCACUUCUAGAAUAUAGAGAUCUAAUGGAUAUAAGAUGUAUAAUAUUUGUGGAUAGAGUCAUUGCUGCCGUUGUCCUUCAGUCUCUUCUUUGUGAGUUGCUUCCGAGAUAUAAUAAUAGCUGGAAGACUAAAUACAUAGCAGGAAAUAACUCGGGUUUGCAAUGCCAGUCAAGGAAAAUACAGAAUGAAAUAGUUAAUGAAUUUCGUGAAGGCAAGGUUAACAUAAUUGUUGCGACAUCCAUUCUUGAAGAAGGGUUAGAUGUGCAAAGCUGCAACUUGGUAGUUAGAUUUGAUCCUUCGACUACUGUUAGCAGUUUUAUACAGUCUCGAGGUCGUGCUAGGAUGAAAAAUUCAGACUAUUUAUUAAUGGUGAAGAGUGGGGAUGUUUCCACUUGUUCCCGACUUGAGAACUAUCUGGCUAGUGGAGAACUAAUGAGAAAGGAGUCCAUACGUCAUGGUUCUGUUCCUUGUUCACCUAUUGAGACUGAGCUCCAGGAAGAUGAAUUUUAUUGUGUAGAAAGCACUAAUGCAUUGGCGACGCUCUCUUCAAGUAUUAGUUUAAUACACUUCUAUUGCUCACGUCUCCCUUCUGAUGGGUACUUUAAACCUGCUCCAAGAUGUCUUGUAGACAAGGAGUUGGAGAAAUGCACCUUGCUUCUCCCGAAGAGCUGCCCUAUACAAACCAUCUGCGUAGAGGGAAAUGUCAAAACUAUAAAGCAGAAGGCGUGCCUUGAAGCAUGCAAGCAGCUCCACAAUAUUGGUGCUUUGACCGAUAAUCUUGUACCUGAUAUUGUGGAAGAAACCAUUGCUCAAGAAUCUGGCGCAGGGCAUACACCCUAUUGUGAUGAACAACCUAUAUAUUUUCCACCUGAGCUGGUUGGUCAAGCGUUGGAGAAGUCAGAGGCAAAGUACUAUUGUUACUUGAUUGAAUUAAACCAGAAUUUUGUUUAUGAGGUUCGUGUUCACAAUAUCGUGCUUGUGCUGAGGAAUGAGCUAGAAUCAGAUAUUCUAAGUAUGGAUAUUGACUUGGAAGUUGAUAGAGGAUCAUUGGCAGCUAAAAUGAAGUAUAUUGGACAGAUUUGUCUUCCUCCUGAUGCUGUUGUUAUAUGUAGGAAGUUUUUUAUUGCUCUUCUUAAGGUUCUAAUGGGCCAAAAUAUAGACAAAUUGGAAGAGAUUUUGAGGGGAUUAAAGCUUGGAAAUAACCCUGAAAUCGAUUAUUUUCUGCUUCCAUUAGUGGGCUCAUGCCAAAGACCUUCCAUUGACUGGGAGUCGAUUAUGUCUGUACUCUUCUCAUAUGAAAAUUCUCGGGAGGAUCAUAAGAGCUGUCCACUAAAGGAAAAUGCACGUGUUAUUCAGACCAAAAAUGGUGUGGUAUGCACAUGCAUGAUUCAGAAUUCUUUAGUCUAUACGCCACAUAAUGGAAAAGUUUAUUGCAUCAAUGGCACAUUAGAUCAUUUGAAUGGACACUCACUUUUGGAGCUCAGGAAUGGAGAGCGUAAAACUUACGUGGAAUACUAUAAAACUCAGUAUGGUAUUAAACUGCAUUUUGAUCAAGAAAUACUUCUAAGGGGGCGACAUAUUUUUCCUUUGCAGAAUUACCAACAAAGAUUCAGACAUAAGAAUGCAAAAGUAUCACAAAAUGCAUAUGUGCAGUUGCCUCCUGAACUUUGCCACAUUUUUAUGUCGCCGAUAUCCAUGAGUACCUUGUAUUCAUUUACGUUUGUGCCAUCAAUCAUGCAUCAGCUUGAGUCCUUCCUUAUUGCAAUCAAUUUGAAGAAGAUGCAUUUAGAUCAUUCUGUGCAAAAUGUUGUUAUUCCAACUAGCAAGGUUUUGGAAGCAAUAACCACCAAAAAGUGCCAAGAGAAGUUUCAUUUGGAAUCACUAGAGACCCUUGGAGAUUCGUUUCUUAAAUAUGCGGUUGGUCAACAAUUAUUCAAAACCCACCAAAGUAAUCAUGAGGGCCUUCUUAGUCUUAAGAAGGAUAAGCUCAUUAGUAAUGCUACACUCUGCAGACUAGGAUGUGACUCUAAAAUUCCGGGUUUCAUCCGCAAUGAGUCUUUUGACCCAAAGAAUUGGCCGAUUCCUGGUGAAAAUUCAGGAAGCUACUCUUUGAAUGAGGAGUUUCUUUCGAACACACAAAAAAUAUACACAACAGGAUUAAGAAAGUUAAAACUAAAGCUGGUUGCCGAUGUUGUUGAGGCAUUAAUCGGUGCUUUCCUUAGCACCGGAGGAGAAAUAGCAGCACUAUUUUUUUUGGACUGGAUUGGUAUUAAGGCAUGUUUCACUCUUAUACCUUACGAAAGAGGAUUUGAAAUGAAACCAGACAAAUAUGUUAAUAUUGGUCAUUUAGAGUCGCUCUUGAAAUAUUCUUUUAAAGAUCCUUGUUUGCUCGUGGAAGCACUAACACAUGGAUCUUACAUGCUUCCAGAAAUUCCAAGAUGUUAUCAGCGAUUGGAAUUUCUUGGAGACGCUGUGUUAGACUACCUGAUAACAGUGCAUUUGUAUGAAAAGUAUCCGGGGAUGUCGCCAGGACUUUUAACUGACAUGAGAUCUGCUUCUGUGAACAAUGACUGCUAUGGAAGUUCUGCUGUCAGGGAAGGACUUUAUAAAUAUAUCCUCCAUGCCUCACAAAAACUUCACAAGGACAUAGUCUCCACUGUUACUAAUUAUACAAAAUGUUCUUCGGAAUCAACUUUCGGAUGGGAAUCUGAGAUAUCAUUUCCCAAGGUACUCGGAGAUGUAAUAGAAUCUCUGGCCGGAGCAAUAUUUGUUGAUUCCGGAUACAACAAAGAGGCUGUGUUCAACAGUAUAAGGCCACUUUUGGAGCCAUUGAUCACUCCAGAAACCAUUAAGCUGCACCCCGUAAGAGAACUCACUGAAUUAUGUCAAAAGGAACAUUUCGACAAGAAGAAAUCAGUCGCUUCCCGCUGUAACGGCGUGUCAUCCGUCACGGUAGAAGUGGAAGCAAAUGGCAUUGUCUAUGCGCACACAUGUACAUCUGCAGAUAAGAAGGUAGCGAAAAGAUUAGCCUGUAAAGAGGUUUUGAGGGUCUUGAAGGAUAACAUUCUUAAGAAAUAAGAUGCAAAAUAUAAUGUAUCUGUGGUAAUCUUCUUUUUGUGGCUUGAGAUUCAUUCAAAUGUAAAAAUCUGAGGUUCAUUAUUAUUGUGACAUAAGUUAUUAUAAAUGCAAAUGUGAAUAUGCUGUUCUCCUUCUUAA